AUGGACAAACUUCGGGUUGUUACAGAUGAUAGUAAGAAAAGAAAGUUUGUAAGUUCUAGUAAUGUUUGCGGUCCAAUUGAUUGUGUUUAUAAGAGCGAUCGUGGAAAAGCACAUCAAAGCACGUUGGAUAAAAACAAUCCAAUCAAAGAGAAGCUGAAGAGCAUUGCUUGGAAAAAGUUUGCGAUUUGGGCUUACACGGUUGGCUUACCAUUCAGUGCCGUACGUGAUGAAAGUUUCCAAGAUGUAAUUGAUUCCAUUGGAGAUUAUGGAAAAGGUAUGCCCGCUCCAAGUUACCAUAAUGUUCGGGUGACAUUACUAAAGGAGGUGUUACAAGAUACUAAUAAGUUUGUGGACUCAUUUCGGCCACAGUGGCAGAAAUACGGAUGUAGCAUUAUGUCCUAUUUUUGGACAAAUGGAAAAGGAAGGGCAUUGAUAAAAUUUUUAGUGAAUUGUCCAACUGGAACCGUAUUUCUUAAGUCAAUUGAUGCAUCAGAGCAUGUGAAGGAUGCUCAAUUAAUUGUGAAGAUGAUUAAUCAGGUGAUUGAAGAUGUUGAUAACGGCUCAAACUAUAAAGCUGCGGGAAAUUUUUUAGAAGAACAACAUCCAAAGUUGUUUUGGACUCCAUGUGCAGCACACUGUGUGAACCUUAUGAUACAAGAUCUCAGGGAAAAAAUAAAAAAGAUAAAGGGUGUUUUGACUGAUGCAAGAUUGAUUGUGGUUUACAUUUAUAAUCAUGGAAGAAUUUUGAACACGAUGCGAAAGUUGACCAAGAAUAAAGAGUUGCACAGUGCAUUUGUAAAGAAAGCUAUGGGAAAGAAGGUGGAGAGGAUAGUUGCAAAGCAAGCAUUUUGGGACGAUGUGUAUUUCUCUUGUCAAAUAUUUUCACCUUUGGUAGAUAUGAUUCGGUUGGUUGAUAGGGAAGAUCAACCGUGCAUGGGUUAUACCUAUGAUGCAAUGAGUCGAGCAAAAGAGCAAAUAAGCAAAAAUCUAAAAGGUGGGCCUAAUGCAAGGAUGGAGAGUACAGUUUUGUCUAAAAUUCAACAAAGAUGGCCUGACCAACUUCAUCAUCCUUUACAUGCAGCUGGAUGUUUUCUUAAUCCUGCCAUUUAUCAUGGAGAAAAUUCAGAGAUUGAGAAAAUUAAAGAUAUAGUGACGGGACUAUAUGUUGCCAUCAACCGUCUUGUUCCCGAUGAAGAUGAGAAUGAUCUUUUAAGACAGCAAUUGGAUAUCUACAUUGAUUCAGAAGAUAUUUGGUGGCAUUCUUAUGGGAUCGACACUCCUUUGCUUCAAAAUUUUGCUAUCAAGGUCCUUAGUCAAACGUGUAGUGCUUCACCUUGUGAACGCAAUUGGAGUACAUUUGACAAUUUACACUCCAAGAAAAGGAAUUGUCUUUUACAGCAAAAACUCAAUGACCUUGUGUUUAUCCAAUAUAACACAAGGUUACAAAGGAGAUUUGAAUUACUAAAAAGCAACAAAACUGAUCCUAUUUUGUUGAGAGAUGUAGAGGAAAAUGAUGAGUGGAUGAUACCGACAGAGGCUGAACUUCAAGACUUUGUGGAUGCACGUGAUGGUCUUCUUUGGUCAGAUGUGCGAGAAGCGAUGGGAGGAAAUGUAGACAUCGGGCCUAGUACGAGGAGCAAAAGGGAGCGUUAUAGAGAUGAUGAUGAUGAUAAUGACCAGACUAGAGUUGAACUGGAAUAUGAUGUGUAUGUGGACCUUGAUGUAGAAGUGAAUGCAUUAGACGAUGUUGACUCGGAAGCCGAACCAGUAGACUGCGAUUGA